UUGUUUGGCCCACAGGUUUCUCUCCGUUUUAUAACACCGCUGGAGGAUUUGACCCGAACCCAUUAGUCUGUGUCCGCCGGUACCGUGAGUCUGGCCCGGUUCGGAGCAGAAGAUGUCCCGGGUGCUGAUCGUCGGAGCGGGUCUGACCGGCAGCAUCUGCGCAUGUCUGCUGAGGAGGGAGCUGCAGAGCAAAGUUCAGAUCGUGGUGUGGGACAAAUCCAGAGGAGCAGGUGGUCGGAUGUCCACCAGCCGUCCUCCAAACGCCUCGUCGCACUCAGCUGACCUGGGAGCUCAAUACAUCACCACCACACCUGCCUACGCUCAGUCCCACCACAGUUUCUACUCAGAGCUGCUGUCAGCCGGAGUCCUGCAGCCACUCAGCUGUCAGAUCGAAGGUCUGCGGCAGAAAGAUGACAGCAAGAACUACAUGACGCCACUGGGCAUGGGCAGCGUGGUCAAACACUUCCUGUCUGAGUCAGGAGCUGAUUUGUUCUUUGAGCAUCAUGUGACCGGCCUGUACCGCCGUGGUGCAUCAUGGGAGGUUGAGAAAAAGGCAGGAGGCAGAGAGACGUUUGACGCCGUCGUCCUGACGAUGCCGGUUCCUCAGAUCCUGCAGCUGCAGGGCGACGUGGAAGAACUCCUGUCUGUCCACCAGAAGCAGCAGCUGGACGGAGUCGUCUACUCGUCUCGUUUCGCCGUCGCUCUCUUCUUCUCUCCAGACGACGUCUUCAGUUUCUCCUGGGGAGCUCGAUACGUCAGUGAUAGUCGCUGCAUCUGCUACAUCGCUGCAGACUCAAGGAAACGAAACCUCGACUCAUCAGGUCUUGGUCCGUCCCUCGUCGUCCACACCAGCGUCCCGUUCGGCCUCGAGCACCUGGAGCGAGACAAGGAGGACGUCCAGCCAAUCAUCUUGGAGGAGCUCCACAGGCUCCUCCCUGAUCUUCCUCAGCCAAUCAGCAUUAAGUGCCAGAAGUGGAGGUACUCCCAGGUGCUGACCUCGGUGCCGGACUGUCCGGGUCACAUGACCGUCCUUGACCAACCGCUGCUGGUCUGCGGCGGCGACGCCUUCUGCCACUCUAACUUUGACGGCUGCGUGGAGUCUGCUCUGAGCAUGCUCAGUGCGCUGAAGGCCUCGCUGUGAGUCCAGCAGGACACUGAUCAAUGUUCACUAAUCAAUGAGCCGUUAAUCAGGAACCGGCUAUUAGAAGUGAAUGAAGUUAAGAAGAAGUCGUUCAUUAAAUUUAUUGUUGAUUAAAUGUUUGUCUUUAAUAAAGUAAAUCUUUUCUGGAUUAAA